AUGGUAAAAAUGCAAUUAAUAAAGUCAAAUUUUAAUAUUAAACAUAUAGAAGAAUGUCUAAUGACUGAAAAUAAAUUUAUAACCGAUAUACUGAAGCGGUCUUGUAUACCCGAACGUAAAGAAUUCGAAAAUAGUGACAAUGAAGAGGAUAGGAAUGAUGAAGAGAAAGUACCUUUUAAUACACAUUUAAACAAAAAACAAAGAGCAAAAUCUUUAUUUGAAUUACAACAACGUUUAAAUGCUGUUAAAGGUAAGAAAAAACAAACCUAUAAGGAGAAGUUGACCAAGAAAGGUUUAAAAAAUCGAUUAAAAAAGAAAACUCAACAAGAUCAGAGAAAUGCAGACAAAAAACUAGAGAGAGCUGCUAUACUAUCUACAAAAACGGUUAAGUCUGAAGAAAAUGGAAUUGAUCAAAAUACAAAAAUCAAAGUUUUUAACAAAGAAGACAAAAUAGUAUUUUCAAAAAUUGAUUUUGAUAAUCCUAACAAAUUCCAAAAAGGUAAACCAAAAAAAGAUCCUAAAGAACUUCUCCAACAACUAGAAAAACAUAAAGAAACUAUUCAAAAACUAAAAGAUAGUGGUGAAACAGAAAAAGUCGUUGAAAUUAAAGAAAAAGUAGCUUGGAAAAACGCCCUAGCUAAAGCUGGAGGAGAAAAAAUUAAAGACGAUCCAAUUCUGCUCAAGAAAAGUGUAAAGAAAAAGGAACAAAAACAGAGAUCCAGCAAGAAAAAAUGGGAACAGAGAAACAAAAAUGUAGAAACGGCUAAAAAUGAAAAGCAAGCGAAGAGAAAUGAAAACUUGAUGAAAAGGAAAAAAGAUAAGAAUACUAAGAAAAUGAAGAAAGCAGUUAAAAAAGGAAAAGUUAUAGCAGGAUAUUAA